GAUUUACAAGUGUGUUUUCCCCUCAGGAACUGAGAAUCUGUUGAUGAAGAGAUGGACACUGUAGAGAAAAUCCUUCUUUUCUCUUUUCUCUUUCAAGCUGUUUGCUGUAGAGAUUUUAGCAUCAGUCUGCCAGAGAAGAUCAACGCUCUCAGUGGAUCCUGCGUGAUCAUAAAGUGCAGAUUUGAGAUUCAGGAACACUAUGACAAAGACCUCACUGAAAGUGCUACAGGACAGUGGCUCAAAGAUGGGACCAGUCUGAACAACAAUUUAGUGUUUAACUCAAGCACAUCAAGCCAGAAAUCCUUCAUGAAAGGGAAAAUAACUGGAAAAUUAAAAGACAAGGACUGUACCACUGUUUUUCAUGACCUCAGAACAAAUCACAGUGGUCAAUAUUACUUCAGGAUUGAGGGUGAAGGUGGACUGAAAUUUACCUAUAAAAAAACAAGUGUUUUAAUUCAUGUGAUUGACUCUCCCCCCAAACCCACAGUGCAUCUGUAUGUGGAUCAGAAGGAGGUGCAGGAUCAGGAGGAGGUGUUGGAGGUGUUGGAGGUGUUGGAGGGGAGCUCUGUGAGUCUGCGCUGCUCUGCUGAGACUCUCUGCUCCUCUCCUCCACCAACUCUCACAUGGAGCUCCACUCCCAGAAUCCCCCUCAGAGAGAGCAGCAGACGAGAGGAGCUCAUCUCUGAUCUGAACUUCACUGCUACUCACCGUCAGCACAGAGUCACUUUCACCUGCACUAUAACCUACCAGCUACAGGACCAGAACAAAACAGCACAGGACAGCAUCAAAGUACAUCUUCAGUAUUUUCCUAAAAUCUCUCCUUCCUCCAGCUGUACCAGGACUGAUGUAACUGUGUGUUUCUGUGAGGCUGAUGGGAAUCCCUCUCCUGAACUGGAGUGGCAUCUGUCUGGACGUCCUGUCACUAACUCUUCAAACACGUUCAUCAGUGAAGAGCGAUUGAGCAGAACAGGCUUGAGGAGCUCCAUCACUCUUCAUCAGUCUCUCACAAACACAUCCACUCUGCAGUGUGUCAGCAGAAACAUUCAUGGAAAUGCAAGUCAACUCUUUCAACUGCCUUCAUCUGUUGCACGUUCUAAUCUUUUCUCUCUGCUGACUGGAGUUAUUGUGGGUUUGGUUGUCGUGUUGUUGUGCACCAUUACAUGUUUCUGUGUACGAAAAGAAAAUGGGAAACUUUCACAUACUGCACAAGAAGGCCCUAAGAGAAGUGAUGAAACUACCAAUGAAGUCGUUCCACAGGAAGAUCAAGACGACUCUGUUUAUGUCACGAUGUCAUCUGCUGGAACCGUCACAGCAAACCAAGAAUCCAUCAUUUAUUCCUCCAUUGACUUCAGAAACAUUAAACCACGAGAGGUCGGGAGCGUCUCCUCACUUCAUGCUAUCUACAGUAUGGUCCAGGAUUGUUCUGGAGGGCUGGCAAAGACUGACAGCUCAAUGGGAGAGUCUUUAAGAGCUAGAGAAGCACAGGUGAUUGUGAGUGCAGAUAUGCUUACUAAACAAACAGAGUCAAAGAACUCAGAGGAAGAGCUGUUUGUAGACUCCUCUGAGCUUUAUGCAAAGGUUAAACGUCGUAACCCUUAAAGGUUUAGUUCACCCAGAAAUCAAAAUUAGUACAUAAAUUACUCACCUUUAAGUCAUCCUAGGUAUAUAUGACUCUCUUCUUUCAUAUGAAUC